GAGAGAGAGAGAGAGAGAGAGAGAGAGAGAGAGAGAGAGAGAGAGAGAGGGGGGGGUUAUAUGCUAGCUAAUGGUCCUUGCGAGGACCGUUUUAUGGCUAGAAUUCAUUCAGGCUGAAGAUAUUCGAAACGAAAUAGCGGGACAAUCUUUCCAACUUUCAACAACCAACAAUUCUCUCGCUCAAUGGCGACCCUACUCUCGCAAGCUUCUGUCACUCCCCACCUCCAAUCCCACCACCGCCACGUCAUUUUCCGGCCAAAUCACCACCACAGAGUUUACAGAUUCCGAUGCAAUGGAGAGAAUACAAGAAGCAAUAGCAAUUCAUCCGUCGGUAAAGACUCCGAAUCUGAAAAUCUUCUGCUAAAGAUGGCUUGGUAUAGCUCUGAGCUCCUCGGCAUUGCCGCCUCUCUUUUCCGGUCACCGUCUAACGUCGAAGCUGUCGUCGGCAGAGUUCCGGAGCUUGACGUUGAUGGAUCAGGAGCUGUUGAUCGUGUCAUAGUUGUGGAAACCAUCAAAGAGGACUUCCAAAGAUCCUACUUCGUUACAGGAAACCUGACACUUGAUGUGUAUGAAGAUGAAUGUGAGUUCGCUGAUCCAGCAGGUUCCUUCCGAGGUUUACGCCGAUUUAAAAGGAACUGCACAAAUUUUGGAUAUCUUAUUGAGAAAUCUAAUAUGAAACUUACGAAAUGGGAGGAUCAUGAGCGAAACACUAUAAUUGUUGGUAUUAAAUAUCUUUUGGAGCAGGAUAAGGGAAUUGGACACUGGCGUUUUAGUUGUGUCAUGUCUUUUCCAUGGAAGCCCAUUCUUUCAGCUACUGGUUAUACGGAGUAUUAUUUCAAUGAACAAUCUGGCAAAGUAUGCAGGCAUGUGGAGCAUUGGAAUGUUCCCAAAAUGGCUCUACUGAAGCAAAUCUUAAAGCCUAGUGCAGGAUUUUGGCAAAAGACAACAAGUGGUUGAAGAAAUACGAGGGGAAUCAGAGUAAAUUAAGGUUUUCAUUGAAGGAUACAAGCAUGUCUCAAAUGGUGCAUGGAAGGGGACAAAUGGUACUUCGUCAAUGUCCAAACUUUUGAGCUGCGGCUGGAGGAAUUGUUUAUUCUGCCCAAGUUUCUUGCAAGAAAUGUGAUGUUUUGGCAACAGUUUAUCUAAUCUACAUCUUGCUCUCCUCAACCUAUUCGAUAUUUUCUUGUAUAUCUGUUUUUACAACGAUUUGCUUGUGUUAGAGAUUGUAUAGUUGAAAGUUUAAGUAGCAAUGAAAAAAGUUUGUCUGUUCGAAUUUUCUUGUUACGCUUUAUGUAAGUAGUUGCAUGGGAAGAUUCCAACAAUGAAUAGAAAUAGCGAU